AUGUACCGGUGCCGCGGACGGCUGCUCAGCCGCAGCCUCGGCGUCCUGGCCUCGGGCUGCUCCGCCGUUGACUCGGCUCCACUGCCGUCCGCCCCCCUGCUGCGGCACCGCGGUUACAGCCAGGCCACGGACCGGGACGACGACCCCAACUUUUUCUCCAUGGUGGAAAGUUUCUUCGACCGAGGCGCCGCCAUCGUGGAGGACAAGCUGGUGGAGGACCUGAAGACGCGGGAGAGCCCCGAGCAGAAGAGGGCGAAGGUCCGCGGGAUCCUGCGGAUCAUUAAGCCGUGCAACCACGUCCUGAGCGUCAGCUUCCCCAUCAAGAGAGACAGCGGCGAGUGGGAGGUGGUGGAGGCGUACCGGGCCCAGCACAGCCAGCACCGGACGCCCUGCAAGGGAGGUAUCCGGUACAGUACAGACGUGUCUGUAGACGAGGUCAAAGCUCUGGCGUCUCUUAUGACCUACAAAUGCGCUGUUGUUGAUGUGCCGUUCGGUGGAGCCAAAGCUGGAGUGAAGAUCAACCCAAAGAAUUAUUCUGACAAUGAGCUGGAGAAAAUCACCAGGAGGUUCACCAUAGAGCUGGCCAAGAAAGGCUUCAUCGGGCCCGGUAUCGAUGUUCCUGCUCCGGAUAUGAGCACCGGUGAGAGGGAGAUGUCCUGGAUUGCAGACACCUUCGCCACCACCAUGGGAUACACUGAUAUCAACGCUCAUGCCUGUGUCACCGGGAAGCCCAUCAGCCAGGGAGGAAUUCACGGGCGCAUCUCUGCCACUGGCCGAGGAGUUUUCCACGGCAUUGAGAACUUCAUCAACGAAGUGUCGUACAUGAACCAGUUGGGACUGAGUCCAGGCUUUCAGGGCAAGACCUUCGUCAUCCAGGGUUUUGGUAACGUUGGCCUUCACUCGAUGCGUUACCUUCAUCGCUUUGGAGCAAAGUGUGUUGGUGUCGGAGAAUUGGAUGGAAACAUCUGGAAUCCCAGCGGCAUUGACCCCAAAGAGUUGGAAGAAUACAAAUUGGCCAAAGGAACGAUUGUGGGUUUUCCAGAUGCGACAGCUUAUGAAGGAAGCAUCCUGGAGGCAGAGUGUGACAUCCUGAUCCCUGCUGCCAGCGAGAAACAGUUAACCAAAAGCAACGCACACAAAAUCAAAGCCAAGAUCGUCGCAGAAGGAGCCAACGGUCCAACCACGACGGAGGCCGACCGCAUCUUCCUGGAGAGGAACAUCAUGGUGAUCCCGGACAUGUAUCUGAACGCUGGUGGUGUAACCGUCUCGUACUUUGAGUGGCUGAAAAACUUGAAUCAUGUCAGUUAUGGUCGUCUCACCUUCAAGUAUGAGCGAGACUCCAACUACCACUUGCUCAUGUCUGUCCAGGAGAGUUUGGAGAGUAAGUUUGGGAAACACGGUGGCUCCAUUCCUGUCAUUCCCACCUCAGAGUUCCAGGCCAGGAUUGCUGGAGCGUCUGAGAAGGACAUUGUUCACUCAGGUCUGGCCUACACCAUGGAGCGAUCUGCCAGGCAAAUUAUGCGCACAGCCAGCAGGUACAACCUGGGUCUGGACCUGCGGACGGCCGCGUACGUCAACGCCAUCGAGAAGGUCUUCAAGGUUUACAGUGAGGCCGGCCUCACCUUCACAUAGGCCGUCCUCCACGUCCGCCCUUCAGCUGUCUGUCUGUUUCCUGCCUGUUACCUGUCUAUGCAGGAUUUCUUCAACUCUGUUGAAUCAGUUUUUGCACAGCAGCAUCAGUGUGAAAAAAGCCUGAGACUCUGUUUCAGCUUGUGGCUUUGUUCAUGUUUUCUACUGUAAACCAAAGGGGUGGUUCACAGCUUUAAUGGUGAGAAAUCCUAUAGCUGCUUUAGUCUCUCUUUCUCUCUCUCUCUCUCAUUCAUUCAUUCAUUCAUUCAGAGAGAGAGAGAGAUGCUGUGAUCAAAAGUAUGUGGACAUCAUCAUCAUUAGCGUACUGGUUUGUGUAGCUUCUCUUGGUUUGGAGCUGAAAUGUGUGAAUUGAUUAAACCAUUAUGAUGAGUGAUCAAACAAACAUACAGUGUCAGUUAUACCUGUUUUUGUUCUUUGUAAUUAAUUAAUUUAUAUUGGACAGUUAUGUUUUUUUAAUAUAUUUUCUGUUAUUUAUAAAAUAUUUUUAUUCCAUUUUUGACUGGUUCCUGGUUAUCGUGAAAACAAUAAAGAAAAUAUUAUUGGAUCCAGAUAUAAAACACUAAAAUAUAAAGCUCUAAAAUACUUGGCAACAAUUGAAAAAAACCAGGAGAGCAACAAACUAAUAUUGGUGUCCACAGACCUCUGACCACAUAGUGUGUCAUUGUAUAGACUUGUUUACUUGUUAGUUAAUGUGCCUUAGGACUUUUAGCUUUAGUAUUUACUGUUCACUGGAUUCAUUAAAGGGUCGUAGCUAUGUUUGGUUUGUUUUCAGUUACAAUAAACUGCAAUUUUUAGGCA